AUGCCGGGGCGGUGUGAGGACUGCAAGGGGUUCACGCUGCGACGGCCCUGUGGAUCAUCAUCACCGAGGGUGAUGCCGGUGCAGCUCAGGGUGUCGCAGCCCGGGGGCAGCCCCGGGGCAGCGCCGCUUGGCAGGGCCAUGGCGGUGGCGGCACACCUCCGCCGUGGUUGUUUUUCAGUCACCGAGGGCGGCACACCCCACUUCCUGCACCGGCGGCCCCGGCGCGUCACGGCACCCUCGGGGUGGGGCUCGCCGGGCCAGGGGGACUGUGCCGGGCACCCGUCCUCCCGCCAUGCUGCCAGCCAAGGGGUGCAGAGGCAGGGCUGGGGACAGCUGGCUUUGGAUGACUGCUUCUCCCUUCCUGCAGAGCGUCUGAACAUCCAGAUCGUGUCAGCCCAGAGCCGCACUGGCCUGCUCACGGCCCAGGAGGCCCAGCGUGUCCGGCAGCUGCAUGAGGAGAACCGGCAGUUCCUGCGCAUCCCACGGAGGCCACGUUGGGAUAGGGCAACCAGUGCGGAGGACUUGAAGCAAGCCGAGAGGGAGAGCUUUCUUGAAUGGAGGCGACAGCUUGCCCAUCUUGAGGAAGAAAAACAGUUAAUUCUAACCCCAUUUGAACGAAACUUGGAAUUUUGGCGUCAGCUUUGGAGAGUCAUUGAAAGAAGUGAUAUUGUAGUCCAGAUAGUAGAUGCUAGAAACCCCCUUCUGUUUAGAUGCCAAGAUCUGGAAAGUUACGUUAAGGAAGUCAGCAAUGACAAGGAGAACAUGAUCCUGAUAAACAAAGCAGAUUUGCUGAGUGAGGAGCAGCGGGCAGCUUGGGCACAGUUCUUUGAGAAAGAGGGUGUUAAGGUGGUGUUCUGGUCAGCUUUGGCAGAGUGCAAACGGCUAUCCGGAGAAGCAAAGGAACUAGACACUGGAGAUGUAGCAGAGGACCCAAGUGAUUCCGAGGAUGAAAGCUCCAGUCAAGAAGAUGAUGAGACAGCACAAGAUAGCGCAGAAAGCACAUCCACAGGCAAUGCUUUGCAAACGGUAAAUCAAGUUCUGGUUAGUGACGAUGACAGUAGUGAUGAAUAUGAAGACUGUGAAGAUGAUGAAGAGGAGGCCUGGCAAACCUGUUCUGAAGACGAAGGCGGGGACAAAGUAAACGCUAUUGCCCCAGAGAGGAUGGAAAGCAGGACUGAUGGUGCUGCAGUGCAGCCUGUAGUGCAGGAGCAGAACAGGAACAUCAGGAACUUUAGCCAUCUGGUACAGAGAAACGAGCUGCUGGAGAUAUUCAAAACCAUGCACAGUGGACCAAGGGUGAAGGAUGGGGAAGUAAAUGUUGGGCUGGUGGGUUACCCUAACGUUGGCAAAAGUUCGACCAUCAACACAAUCCUUGGAAAUAAGAAGGUGUCAGUGUCUGCUACACCAGGCCGUACAAAACACUUUCAGACCCUGUAUGUGGAGCCUGGCCUGUGCCUGUGUGACUGCCCUGGUCUGGUGAUGCCAUCUUUCAUCUCUACCAAGGCAGAAAUGAUUUGUUCUGGAAUUCUGCCUAUAGACCAGAUGAGGGACCAUGUCCCACCCAUUUCUCUAGUUUGCCAGCAUAUCCCACGAAACAUUUUGGAAGCAACCUAUGGAAUAAAUAUCAUAAGGCCGAGGGAAGAUGAGGAUCCGGAUCGAAAGCCAACAGCUGAAGAGCUGCUAACAGCAUACGGAUAUAUGAGAGGCUUUAUGACAGCUCAGGGACAGCAAGACCAGCCGAGAUCAGCCCGAUACGUGUUAAAAGACUAUGUCAACGGGAAGCUGUUAUAUUGCCAUCCACCUCCUGGCAUUGACCCAAACGAUUUUCAGCACCAGCAUCAAAGAUGCCCACAGAGCAGAACUCUGCAGGCCAGUGGACAGGUGAAGCCUGAGAAGAAUACUAAAGCAAAACAAAUCGAAAAUGUGGUGGACAAAACAUUUUUCCACCAGGAGAACGUUCGUGCCCUGAUGAAAGGGGUCCGGGCUGCAAUGGGAUACCGGCCCGGCAGUGGCCUCGUGCCUGUGACUACACCCAGUCCUGGGAAUGUGGUAGGAAAGCCCUGGAAAAAACACGGAAACAGGAACAAGAAGGAGAAAAUUCGCAGGAUCACUAAGCACUUGGAGGCUUAGCUGUGGCACCGGUAUCUGGGACUGCACUGUCCUGCAGGCCUGAACCGAGGGGGGAAAAAAGCAUAAGUGGGCAUCACUAGCUCACCUGGGAGCUCCGUCCUAUGGAUUGGCCUGGGCCGGGGAUAAGAGUGGGCUCAUGGCUGGAGCUCAUCCCUUCCGAGAACAAAAGAGACCUGGCCAUUCGUGUUAUCUGGAAGCCAGCCCAGACGUUUGACUGCUGCUGAAACAUCCUUUCAAUGAGAGCAGAUGGAACCAUGCGGGAAUGUGGUGGGUUUUUUUUUUUCCUUCCAUAAAGGAUGUAUUUUAUAGCUGUUGGGAUCAAAGCAAGCCCUGUAAAACUGACUAAAAUAUUUAAACAGUUGAAU